AUGGAGAAUAUCAGUCAUAUCACUGAUUGUAUCGAAGACAGUGAAGCAAGCCAAGUAAGUUCAGACGGUGAAAUAACUGAAGAUUGUCAUGGAAAUGACUCAAAUGAGUUGCAAGCUUGCGAAGAGAGUGAUCAACAACAGGUGUUACGGUUGGAAAGCACAGAUAGACGCAUAGAAAAUGUUACGAACCCGUCUAAAAAACUGUUUCAGAGUAAAAGCAAACGUGAAAGAUGUCACAUAUGUCGAAAAGAGAUGCUACUUCAAAAUUUAAAAGACCACAUGAAAAAUGCCCAUAACUCUACAGAAGUAAGAGUACUUGGACAGAAGUCGCUUAUAGAACUAUUUGGGAAUAAAGUCAAAGAUAACAAUGUCAAACGGAAACGUGGCCAUGGUGAUGUAGACGAAGAGCCUCUGUUCAAAACUGCUAAAACGGCCGACUUGUCAAUGUCAAUAUCAUCUGGUUCAACACCGCCUGGUUUUGAAAAUACAGCCGACGAAAGUACCGCGAAAGUAACGCUCAGCGCCUCCGGAGAGGACAAUUUCGCAGUUGCAUCUAAGCUUGACGAAAUACUGACAACUGUAAAGAACUCAGAAAAUCGCAUGUCCUGCUUGUCCAUCACACCCUUACCGGAAACGGUGGCUGUGGAGUCUGAGCUUCCUACAGUUACAGAAAGAAAGUCAGCAAGGUGAGAUUUUCCCUAAAUCAAAUAAGCAGUGACAUAGCUAUAGGAACCGGGGCAUAGGACUAUUGGAGGUACAUCCACUCCCCAACGUUUCUAAUUCGAAGUUCCGCGCUAAAGUUUAAACAAUGUCAAUGGAGAACUCUCUAACUUGAAGUUGUUUCCUGUGCCCAUGCAUUAAUUGUAUACGUACGGACUUAUAUCAGUUAUGUGAAUUAUUUUACAGUAGAUAUAUACUUUCCAAUGUUUUCUCAAGUUUAAACUUUAUUUUUACUUUUAGAUCGCUUUUUGAUUUAAUUCAGCUUCCAGAGUUUGAGUAUGACGACAUCGAAGGAGUUGUUAUAUGUUCCAUAUGUAAUCCACCCAAUGAACCAAAAGAAGUAAAUUUUCUCGGAAGAACCGGCGUAUUUAUGUAG